AUGGCGGAUUCCCUAGGAUCGACGAUGGAAAAGCUAAGCCUGAGCUCUCGCGAUAUUGACCCUGCGGCUUAUAAAGCCCGGUUGGAAGGCGAGGCCAAUGGCUCUAUCGCCAGCCAACCUCGCAAAAGAGCUCGACAAAACGAACAGGAGCUCCUCGACGAGCUGGAAAAGGAAUUCCUUGAACCAUCAGAGCAAUUCGGUACUAGAUGGCUAAAUGCAUUGCAAAAGCGAUGGGAAGUUUCCACAGACCAUACAGACCUCUUUGAAAUUGCGCCGACCGGCUCACGAACUGUCACUCGAUUCACACGAGAAGGAUUAGAAGGACGUGUCACGGGCUACCAUGAAGUCACGGUCCCAGCUGCAAGCGCAACCGCUAAGAAUUCGACUUCUCUGCUGCGACGUCCUGCUGGCCGCGCCGACUUUGUCAGAGGAGCGGCAGGAUUCUUCCCAUUUGCGCCAGGAGGUCUGGAAGGCGUUGAUGCCAUCGCAGCUCUGGAAUCAGAAGAACAGGACACAGAGCAAGCACGCAAUGACAAGCAACCAGGACUCGACCGUAUCAUCAACUUUGGAACUGAAGGAGGCCUCUUGACGAUACCUCCUGGCUUCGAUCGCGGCCUCAAUUUCGACCAGAUCAAGCAAAAGGACACCCAGGGUGACCAGGAAGUCGAGACAGCCCUCCAGGAGGAAAGUGACCUGAAGGCAGCCCAAUCAGAGGAAAAGCCGGAUCAAGAGUCAGCUGCAAAGGCUGCCGUGGAAGUUGGUGACAGCGACGAUGAGGAUGAAAAAGAUAUUGAGGAUAUUGACGCCUUACUCCCCGUUGAAUUCCCAGCGCUUGAACCACGCAGCCAGUUGCUCGCAGGCGUUCAGAAGCACAAAGGCAGAGAAUGGGCCCAUGUCGUUGAUGUCAAUAAGGAAGUUACCAAUUUCCAUGAGUUGGUACCGGACAUGGCCCGAGAAUGGCCCUUCGAGCUGGAUACCUUCCAGAAGGAGGCCGUGUACCAUCUUGAAAGUGGUGAUUCAGUCUUUGUUGCCGCUCACACAUCAGCAGGUAAAACUGUGGUGGCCGAGUAUGCUAUUGCCUUGGCUUCCAAGCACAUGACAAAGGCAAUUUACACGUCUCCUAUCAAGGCGCUGAGCAACCAGAAAUACCGUGAUUUCAGAACCGAAUUCGACGAUGUUGGUAUCUUGACUGGUGAUGUCCAGAUCAAUCCGGAAGCCAGCUGCCUUAUUAUGACCACUGAGAUUCUGCGGAGUAUGCUGUACCGAGGCGCCGAUCUCAUCCGAGAUGUUGAGUUCGUCAUUUUCGACGAAGUCCAUUAUGUCAACGAUCUCGAAAGAGGAGUCGUUUGGGAGGAAGUCAUCAUCAUGCUUCCUGAACAUGUGACACUGAUUCUGCUCUCGGCAACGGUCCCCAACACCCAAGAAUUUGCCUCGUGGGUCGGCCGCACAAAGAAGAAGGACAUAUAUGUGAUUUCCACUCAUAAGCGACCUGUGCCUCUAGAACACUAUCUUUGGGCUGGAAAGAGCAAGCACAAGAUCGUCGACUCCAAUAAACGAUUCCUCGAAAGCGGUUGGAAGGAGGCAAACGAUAUUUUGUCCGGCAAAGAUAAAGCAAUGGCUAAGAAGGAGGCUGAGGCCCAGGCACAAUCUUCACAGGCUAGAGGAGGAGGCCCUCAAGCUCAAGGUCGUGGCCGUGGGGGUGGUCGCGGAGGCCCACAGCGUGGAGGACCCCCUCAGCGAGGUCGAGGAGGUGGACCCAAUCGCGGAGGACCCAAUCGCGGAGGGCAGUACGCCAAUCGGGGAACCGGUAACAUCGCUCGCACGGGUCGUGGUGGUGGUAGAACAAGUGCUGCCCAGGACAAAAACACUUGGGUGCAUCUUGUCUCGCAUCUUCGCCAAGAAGACUUGUUGCCCGGAUGUGUGUUCGUCUUCUCCAAGAAGCGAUGUGAAGAAAACGCAGAUUCCUUAUCUAACCAGGACUUCAACAAUGCCACCGAGAAGAGCUUGACACACAUGUUCAUUGAGAAAUCCCUCACUCGACUGAAGCCUGAAGACCGCACUCUUCCGCAGAUCUUGCGCCUCCGUGAGCUUCUGAGCAGAGGUAUUGCCGUGCACCAUGGUGGUCUUUUGCCCAUUAUGAAGGAGGUCGUGGAAAUCUUGUUUGCUAGGUCCCUGGUCAAAGUUCUUUUCGCCACGGAGACCUUCGCCAUGGGUCUGAAUCUUCCCACUCGAACAGUUGUGUUUUCUGGAUUCCGGAAGCACGACGGAAAGGGCUUCCGUGACCUUCUUCCCGGAGAGUACACGCAAAUGGCUGGUCGUGCAGGCCGCAGAGGUCUCGACUCGGUCGGAUAUGUGAUCGUAUCAAACAGUGGAAAAGACGAGGCACCGCCUGCUGGGGCGUUGAAACAGAUGAUCCUGGGUGACCCAACCAAGUUGAGGUCUCAGUUCCGACUCACGUACAACAUGAUCCUGAACUUGCUGCGUGUAGAAGCCCUCAAGAUCGAAGAAAUGAUUAAGCGGAGUUUCAGCGAGAACGCUACACAAGCUCUCUUGCCAGAGCAUGAGAUGAAGGUUCAGUUGUCCGAAGCCAGUCUGGACAAAAUCAAACGUGAGCCAUGUGAAAUCUGCGAUGUGGAUUUGCAGGCUUGCCUCGAAGCUGCGAUGGAGUACCGCAAACUCACCACCGAGUUCCAUACUCAGCUUCUGUCAUCCCCCAUUGGCAAGCGCCUGUUCACGAUGAAGAGGCUGGUUGUUUUCCGACAGGAGAAUGGCCUUCGCACGGCAGGUAUCAUUGUUCGCGAUGGAAUCUCUGGCGGCAUGGGUGGACUCCCCCCUUCCGUUCACAUUCUAGAGAUUGGUACAUUGAGUGACAAGCGUCACCCAACUGAUAUCCUCCCCUUCCUACCCCACAUGCGACCUUUGUUCCAACAGCUCCCCACCACCGCCACAGAUAUGAGUCUUCGCUCGGUUAAAAUCCCGCUGGCCGAUAUCGAGUGCGUUACAGGCACACAAGUCAGAUUCAACGGACCUAUCUGGUACCUGAACAUCAGGAAAGAAUCUAUCAAGUGGGCCGAGAAAGAAUUGCCUCAAUACACCAAGUCGUGGGUUGAUCCUAUCUGGGAGGAGGUGGACUGGCAGCGUCUGAAAGAACUGCAAGUCCGUGAAAUCAUGGAGAAAAGACAGGUCCAGGCAGACAUCGUCCAGUCGGCUCACUGCUUGCAGUGCCCUAACUUUGCGAAACACUUUGAAAUGCAACACGACCAAUGGCAAAUCAAGGAGAACAUCACUCAGUUGAAACAAUUGAUGUCCGACCAAAAUCUUCAACUCCUUCCUGAUUACGAGCAACGAAUCCAGGUGUUGAAAGAGCUUGGAUUCGUCGAUGAUCAAUCCCGUGUUCAAUUGAAGGGCAAGGUGGCAUGCGAGAUCCAUUCCGCCGACGAAUUGGUCCUGACCGAACUGGUUCUUGAAAAUGUCCUUGCGGAAUACGAACCAGAGGAGAUCGUUGCACUUCUUUCGGCAUUUGUCUUCCAAGAAAAGACUGAGAGUGUCCCCACUCUUACUCCUCGCCUCGAGAAGGGUACGAAGGAGAUCAUCGCCAUCGCCGAGAAGGUGAACAAUUUCCAGAUCCAGCACCAGGUUAUUCAGUCCAGUGAAGAUUCCAACGACUUCGCCAGUAAGCCACGCUUUGGCCUUGCCGAAGUUGUCUACGAGUGGGCAAAGGGCAUGUCUUUCAACCGCAUCACAGAUCUCACCGAUGUUAUGGAGGGUACUAUUGUUCGGGUGAUCAACCGCUUGGACGAGACUUGCCGCGAAGUGAAGAAUGCGGCUAAACUGGUCGGCGACCCUACACUCCACCUCAAGAUGCAACAGGCUCAGGAUUUGAUCAAGCGCGAUGUCAUCUUUGCAGCUUCUCUGUACAUGUGA